AUGGCCAAACAAUUCGAAGGCAAAGUUGUCCUCAUCACCGGAUCGAGCAAUGGUAUCGGCCGGGGUAUCGCAGUGCACUUUGCCGCUCGUGGAGCGAAGGUGACGCUCACGGGAAGGAGUGCUGAAGCCUUGGAGGACGCCAAGAAAGAAUGCGUCGCAGCCGGAGCUUCGGAAGCCAAUAUCCUUUCCAUUGCCGGAAACCUAACCGAAGAGCCAUUCAUGUCAAAACUCGUCAACGAUACUGUGGUGCAUUUCGGGCAGCUGGACGUCCUGGUGAAUAACGCCGGUGUGACGGACAAGGAAAUGAGCGGAAAGCAGCCUGGAGUAUUGACGCAGGGCCUCGACAGUUACGACUACAUCUUCCAAAUUAAUGUGCGAUGCGUUGUCCAUCUCUGUCGAGAAGCCACUCCGCAUCUUGAGAAAACCAAGGGGGCAAUUGUCAACAUUAGCUCCAUUGUCGCUUCUGAUAUUCAAUCGGCAAAUUUCCCCUACUACGGAAUGUCCAAAUCGGCCCUCGACUCGCUGACAAAAAGCCUGGCCCUCGAGCUGAUCCGGAAGGGAAUUCGGGUCAAUGGAGUCAAGCAAGGUGCAACCCGCGAAGUGAUGGAUCAGGUAGAAAACGCCCUAUCCAGCCGCUUUGAAAUGAUCCCGGUCGGGUUCUUCGGGAAACCGGAAGACAUCGCCCACAUCACUGGAUUUUUGAGCGAUAGCGUCCAAUCGCGGUACAUCAUCGGCCAGAGCAUCCGCGUUGAUGGUGGCAGCUCGCUGGUGUGCCCCCUAUUGCUCGGAGAUGUGCUUGAGAAGAAG